GCAACUUGUAAAACAUUAUUUUAAAACUUAAGAGUACCUUCAAAAAACUGGAAUUAAUUAGGAAAACAAAUGGACUAUAUUACACAUUAUAAGUUCAGGAAAACGUAUGAAAGAUCGGUAAGCGAGCCGAAGUUUGAAGAUUAUCGAUCUCCAGAAGAAUUUCCCAGAGGUCAUAAUUUGAGAAAUUGUUAUCAAGAUUCAUCACGCUUCGAAAUGAACUGUGAUUUAGCAAAAGAUUUAAGAGUAAACAAGGAGGUGAAUGGAGCAGGAAUAGUAAAGGAAGAAGUUCUACCACCAAGAAGGUAUUUUUGUAUUUUCUGCAAAAUGGAUUUUCUAGUUGCAGACGAUUUCCUUGAUCAUUUGGAGUUGCAUCCAAAUGGAAGUUUUGUUCUAGUCAAACGUGAUUUACCACAACCUACACCUGUUUCUUCCGAACCUCUCGAGUCUGAGGAGCCAUCAACAAACUCACCUAUUUUACCUGAAAUGCUACAAAACCAAAUAAAAAUUGAACCGAUAAGUGAAGACGAAGACGAUUAUCAAGAUUUUAAAAUCAAUGAACAACCUUCUAUAUCAGAAGCCAGUGAGGCUAAUCUUAAUAGUUCAAUUGAACAAAUUGAGUCAAAUGAUCCUAAUCAUCAACUAAUGGUUUUAUCAAACCCCCGCAUUGGAGAUGGACCUGGAGAAUAUCUCUGCAAUGUUUGCAACGCCAAAUUCGUGUACAAAAACAAUCUUAAGAGUCAUCUUAAGCGCCAUUUGGGGAUUUAUCCAUAUAUUUGCUUUUGUGGAAAGCGUUAUCAAUUCAAGUGUAAGCUUAACAAACACAUCGAACAGGCUCAUGCAAAAAUUAAAAAUUUUAAAUGUCCUGUUCCAUCAUGUCCAAAGAAAUAUUUCACCCGAAAUGACCUCGCCUUUCACAUCAGUGUUACUCAUCAAGAGCGUCAGGAGAUUCCCUGCCACAUUUGCAAUAAAGUUUUUAACUCCCAAAAAUCCCUUCAGAUUCACUGUAGGAAAUAUCACCGAAAUCAAGAGUCCUGAUUACAAUUAAGCCCCGCCAAUCAUAUGCCAACAAUCAUCCAAGUGA